AUGAGGGGGCUGUGGCCGCUGCUGCUGCUGCUGCUGCUGGUGACCUGCACACUGGGGGAGUGGACACAGCACAGGGUCUACUUACGGGAGGAGUUUGAAGACGGGGACGGAUGGAAAAAACGAUGGGUGGAAUCUAAACAUCAACUGGACUAUGGUAAAUUUCAGCUCACCGCAGGAAAAUUUUAUAGUGACAAAGAAAAAGAUAAAGGUCUCCAGACCGGCAAAGAUGCCAAGUUUUACGCCCUCUCAACAAGGUUUAAGCCAUUCAGCAAUGAGAAUGAGACCUUGGUGGUUCAGUUUUCGGUAAAACACGAGCAAGGCAUUGAUUGUGGUGGCGGGCACGUGAAACUCUUUCCUGCCACCCUGAACCAGGAGGAUAUGCAUUCGGAAUCCGAGUAUUAUAUCAUGUUUGGUCCCGACAUCUGUGGCUUUGGGAACAACAAAGUGCAGGUCAUCCUUCAUUACCAAGGGAAGUACUAUGAGAAUAACAAGACCAUCAAGUGCAAGAUCAAUAAAGACUCUCACCUGUACACUCUGAUCAUUCGCCCCAAUGCUACCUAUGAGGUCAAAAUUGACAACAAGAAAGUGGCAGCUGGUGGUCUGGAGGAAGACUGGGACUUCUUGCCUCCUAGGAAAAUAAAAGACCCCUAUGCCUGGAAACCAAGGAAAUGGGACGAACGUCUGCAAAUAGAGGAUCCUGAAGAUAAGAAACCUGAGGACUGGGAGGACUUUGAGUACAUCCCAGACCCAGAGGCCAAGAAGCCGGCUGACUGGGAUGAGGCUAUGGAUGGGGAGUGGGAAAGGCCUCUCAUACCAAACCCAAAGUAUAAGGGACAGUGGAAACCUCGGAUCAUUGACAAUCCCAAUUACCAGGGGGAGUGGAUUCAUCCAGAAAUAGACAACCCUGAAUAUAAGCCUGACCCCACCAUCUGUCGCUAUUAUAACAUCAGUGUUCUUGGCCUGGAACUUUGGCAGGUAAAAUCAGGCAGCAUCUUUGACAAUGUCCUUCUUACAAAUGAUGAAGAGUCUGCUGAAAAGGUUGGAAAUGAGACCUGGGGAACAAGAAAGGACCUAGAGAAGCAAUGGAGAGAACGGUACGAAGAAAUUGAAAAAAGAAAGCAAGAAGAAGAGGCCAAGAAGAAAAAGGAAAAGGAAGAGGAAGAAAAAGAUGACAUCUGGGGACUUGAAGAAGAGGGAAAUGAAGAGGAUCCUGCUGAGGAAUCAGGAAACGACAGGCAGAUGCAGGAAGAUGAUGCUGACAGAGUGUUUCUGGGUCAAAAUGAAGAAGUCCUUGUUGACCAG